CGCGCGCGUGUGUGUGUGUGYGCGCUGAACUGAGCGGAGGUGAAGAAGAGGAGGAUGAAGCUUGGAGCGGAGGAUGGGAGGAAGAGUGGACAGCUCGGCUCGUGCCCGAAGCCGGCUUUGUUUCGCGGCGGGGGUGUCCAAGAUAAAUGAAGGAAUAAAACAGAUCGCGGUCGAUAUCAUUUUACCCGCGCGGGAAUAAGCCUGGGACCGGUUUAGAUAAAGGUUACGGGAGGAUGGCGGCCAACAUGUACCGAGUGGGAGACUAUGUUUACUUUGAGAACUCCUCCAGCAACCCUUACCUGAUACGAAGAAUAGAAGAGCUCAACAAGACAGCCAAUGGGAACGUGGAAGCCAAGGUGGUGUGUCUGUUCAGGAGGCGAGACAUCUCAGGCAACCUCAACACGCUGGCUGACAGCAAUGCAAAGCUGUGGGCACGUUCGCUCGAGCCCUGGACUGCAGCAGCUCCAUCCGCCAGCCCAGCCUCCACAUGAGUGCAGCUGCAGCCUCCAGAGACAUUACUCUGUUCCAUGCUAUGGACACGUUGCAGAAGAACGGCUAUGACCUGGCCAAAGCCAUGUCCACCCUGGUGCCCCAGGGGGGCCCCGUGCUGUGCCGUGACGAGAUGGAGGAGUGGAGCGCCUCGGAGGCCAUGCUGUUUGAGGAGGCUCUGGAGAAAUACGGCAAAGACUUUAACGACAUCCGCCAGGACUUUCUGCCCUGGAAGUCUCUGGCCAGCGUGGUCCAGUUCUACUACAUGUGGAAGACUACUGACCGCUACAUUCAACAGAAACGGCUGAAAGCGGCUGAAGCUGACAGUAAGCUGAAACAGGUCUACAUCCCCACCUACACCAAACCCAACCCCAACCAGAUCCUGGGUCCAGGCAGCAAGCCAGGAGUGAACGGAGCAGCAGGUUUUCAGAAAGGGCUGAGCUGUGAGAGCUGCCACACGGCCCAGUCUCCUCAGUGGUACGCCUGGGGUCCUCCUAACAUGCAGUGCAGACUGUGUGCUUCCUGUUGGAUCUACUGGAAGAAGUAUGGUGGUCUGAAGACGCCCACACAGCUGGAGGGGGCAGCGAGAGCCGGCUCUGAGGCGGGCCCCCGCGCUCACAUGACACGACAGGAGGUCCAGGGCAUGUCGCCGUUCACCCGCAACGAGGGGCGGGCCAAGCUGCUGGCCAAGAACCGGCAGACCUUCAUUCUGCAGACCACCAAGCUGACCCGCGUGGCCAGGCGCGUGUGUGAGGACAUCCUGCAGCCGCGACGUGCCGCGCGCAGACCCUACGCUUCCAUCAACGCCAACGCCGUCAAAGCUGAGUGUAUGAUCAGGCUGCCCAAAGCCACCAAAACUCCUGUAAAGAGCAAGCUGAUACCUCGACAGUCUCUGGCUGCCAUCGUGAAGGAUUUAGCGGUAUCAGCGCCUCUAAAACUGAAGGCCUCCAGAGGACCCCCGACACCCAUCAACAGAAACCAGGCCAGCCAGCCUCGAGUGGCCCAGAGCCUGCUGGGAAAGAGAGGCUUUGACACGGCUGCAGGGGUCCCCUACCCAGCCAAUGGGAGGCCGUAUACUUCAGGCAUGAGGACCACCUCCCAGUCUGUCAUCAAGAGGCAGAAGGUCAGCCAGGGAGAAGCUCCUAACCCUGUGGUGUUCGUGGCCACAAAGGACACCAGGGCUCUGAGGAAACACCUGACCCAGUCAGAGAUGCGCCGGGCAGCCAGGAAGCCCCACCUCCUGGUCCGGAUCAAGCUCCCGCCACCGCCGCCGCCCCGCUCUCUGGCCGUGCCCCUCGUCCCGUCAAGCACCAAUGAGCCUAUUGUCCUGGAGGACUGAAGGGGGACGGGCUGGGGGGGACGGGGACACGUGACAGGACAUGGGUCAGGGAGGGUCUGGGCUUCAGUCCUGCAGCUCGGGACACCAUCCAGUACUUUACUUUGUCCUCUUUUCUUUUUCUUUAGUCCCUGUUUUCUUCUGACAUCCUGUUCUUCAACACACACACACACACACACACACACACACACACACACACACACACACACACACACACACA